UGCGGGGCCGGGUCUGUUGCUGCUGCUGCUGCUGCUGCUUGGGCGCGAGGCCAUGGAGGCUGCAAGCGCGGAGGGCGAAGCUCUCCGAGGGAUAUCAGGAGGCGUGUCAUCCCUGGUAGAAGCGGGAUCAGACGAAGCAGAUGCCGCCCCCUCCAGAGAUGGACCCAAUCCUUCCUCGGAAUCCUUGUCUCCUCGGAAGUCCAAAAACGCUUUGGGAGGAGCGUCCGAGAGCUCGCUGGCUUCUGGCAGAAACAGCAACGAUGGAGCACGAACGCAGGUGACUGGGAAUAAUAAAGAAACAGGAAGCCUAUCGCCCGAAGCCGGAGGGAUUUCGGCUGGAUCCACUACCAGCCCAAGCCCAGGGAGCAAAGGCUUGCCAGGCCACGCGGCCAAGACUUUCCCCUCGUCUCCCAGCAAAACGGGUGGUCCGAGCCGGGCAAAGAUGUCACUCACGGGAACCAGCAAGUCCCCGACGUCCAUCCAGAGUUUGGCCAUGCGCCUGCUGAGUAUGCCUGGAUCGCGGCUUCCUGGAGAUCCUGGGAUGCCCGCAACAGAGACUCCUGCCUCAACCCUGGGCCCAGCCUCAAACUCAUCCCCGACUCAGUCCCCAUCCCCAGCAGCUGAAGAGGUGAAGCCCAAGGUCCAUCGGGCACGGAAAACAAUGGCAAAGGCCAGCACGGUGCAGGUCCCUGAAAAGCGAGUCUCUGAGAUGUUACAUUUCCGAGUUCCAGAUGAUCUGAGGAGCAUCGAAGAGCCAGAAGAACCUGCCAAACGCAGGAAGUAUGACUAUAUGGCAGAGGCGAUGCACAAGCGGAUGCCUCUCUCUCUCCAGCGGUCGAGUCCCAGAGCUACAACAGAGAUCACUGUGACAGAAGAUAUGACCGCCCCAGCCACCGCCUCACAAGACGAAAGAGGUGCGGAGUGGGAGACGGAGGUGGGGGACGACUUCACCCUCUUCUACGACAGCUACUCCGUGGAUGGCCACGCCGACUCAGACAGCAAGUCGGAUGCUGAUAUUGCUGGAGAGCAUAUGAGCGAAGAGGAGGAGGAGGAAGAAGAAGAGGAAGAAGAGGAGGAAGAGGAGGAGGAGGAAGAAGAGGAAGAGGAGGAGGAAGAAGAAGAGGAGGAAGAGGAUGAAGAAUCCGGUAAUCUUUCUGACAGGGGUCUCCUUUCUGUGCUGCAGAGUGCUGCCUCCAGCUCCAAGCGCAAGGCCCGGAAACGGUGGCGGAACGACAGUCCCUGGGUCAAGCCCUCUCGCAAACGGAAACGCAAAGAUUCUCAUCCCAAGGAUGCCAGAGGGUUGAAUGGCGGUCCUUCGGCCAUCCAGAGCGAAUAUACCGAAGUGCCUCUUGGCUGUUUGGAGCUGCCCAACGAAGGGGCCUUGUCCCCCAACCAUGCUGGAGUGUCUAAUGAGACGAGUUCUUUGGAGACAGAACGGUUUGAGGAGCUGCCCCUUUGCUCUUGCCGCAUGGAAGCCCCAACGAUUGAGCGCCUCAGCCAGCAGGCUGGGAAUCAAUGCAUGGCCACCGAAAGUGCCGACGGAGAGCUCAACGGCUGCAGCAGUAGCAUCUUAAAGCGGGAGACAAUGCGCCCCUCCAGCCGAGUUCCCCUGAUGGUGCUGUGCGAGUCCCACCGGGCCAGGAUGGUGAAACAUCACUGCUGCCCCGGGUGUGGCUAUUUCUGCACUGCGGGUACUUUUUUGGAGUGCCACCCUGACUUCCGUGUAGCUCAUCGCUUCCACAAGGCCUGCGUUUCCCAGCUGAACGGCAUGAUCUUCUGUCCACACUGUGGAGAAGAUGCUUCCGAGGCCCAGGAGAUCACAAUAGCCAAAGCAGACACCUCCACUCCAGUCCCCAUCCCGCCAUCACACGGCCAGGGCACCUCCGAGGGUACAGGCCGCGCUGACACUACACAGCCCAGUGCCCGAAUGCGGGGAGGUUCGAGCGUUGAGCAUCCGCCGGAUGAUACGCCAGGUCUUGGUGGCCCGGGAAUUGAUAGCGCAGGGCCACGGCUGAAUCUGCCAAAUGGAACUGUGCUCUCAGCACAGGGUUUGCCUCCGGGGCCUGGGAGGGAACAACUGGAGCGUGCCCUGGUAGUACAGGAGUCUGAGCGGCGCAAGAAGCUACGAUUCCAUCCUCGCCAGCUCUAUCUCUCGGUUAAGCAAGGGGAGCUCCAGAAAGUGGUGCUAAUGUUAUACAUUUGCCCUUCCUUUCCGGUGGACAGCUUGGAUCCCAAUUUCCAGACUGAACAGCAGAGCAAGCGUUUUCCACUUCAUGCGGCAGCACAGAAAGGCUUUUUGGAAAUCUGUCACGUUUUGCUACAGGCUGGUGCCAAUAUAAACACUCUGGACAAAUUACGGCGGACACCCCUGAUGGAGGCUGUUGCAAACAACCAUGUGGAGUUGGCAAAAUACUUGAUCAAAAGGGGCGGCUGUGUUUACACCAAGGAGGACGAUGGCUCUACCUGCCUGCAUCAUGCGGCAAAGAAUGGAAAUGUUGAAAUGGUCAGUUUGUUGCUCUCCACAGGACAGGUGGAUGUCAAUGCCCAGGACAGUGGAGGUUGGACCCCCAUCAUCUGGGCUGCUGAGCAUAAGCACAUUGAGGUGAUCCGCAUGCUGCUCACCCGUGGAGCCGACGUCACCUUGACUGACAAUGAAGAGAAUAUUUGCUUGCACUGGGCCUCCUUCACAGGAAGCGCUGAGAUCGCAGAAGUCCUGCUAAACGCCCAAUGUGAUCUCCACGCGGUCAACUUCCACGGAGACACGCCGUUGCACAUCGCAGCCCGGGAGAGCUUCCAUGAAUGUGUCCUCCUGUUCCUCUCGCGGGGCGCCGACACGGAGGUGCGCAACAAGGAAGGGGAUACGCCCUUGGACCUGACCCUGGAGAACUCUGAAGUGUGGUUUGCCCUGCAGCUCAAUCGCAAAAUCCGCCAGGGGAUCCUGAAUCGCUCCGUCCGCACUGAGCGCAUCAUCAGCAGGGAUGUGGCCCGUGGCUAUGAGAAUGUGCCCAUUCCCUGCGUCAAUGCUAUUGAUGAUGAGCCAUGUCCAGAAGAUUACAAAUACAUCUCUGAAAACUGCGAGACUUCCACCAUGAAUAUUGAUCGGAACAUCACCCAUCUGCAGCAUUGCACCUGCCAGGAUGACUGCUCCUCCAGCAACUGUCUGUGUGGCCAGCUCAGCAUCCGCUGCUGGUACGACAAGGAUGGACGUUUACUGCAAGAGUUUAACAAGAUUGAACCGCCUUUGAUCUUUGAAUGUAACCAGGCCUGCACUUGCUGGAGGAACUGCAAGAACCGGGUUGUGCAGAGUGGCAUCAAGGUCCGUUUACAGCUGUAUCGCACUGCCAAAAUGGGCUGGGGUGUCCGAGCGCUGCAGACGAUCCCUCAAGGGACUUUCAUAUGCGAGUAUGUGGGGGAACUCAUUUCUGAUGCAGAGGCCGAUGUGAGAGAAGAUGAUUCCUACCUUUUUGAUUUGGACAAUAAGGAUGGGGAGGUAUACUGUAUUGAUGCACGUUACUACGGCAAUGUCAGCCGCUUCAUCAACCAUUUGUGCGACCCUAACAUCAUCCCCGUGCGGGUCUUCAUGCUGCAUCAGGACCUGCGUUUCCCCCGCAUUGCCUUCUUCAGCAGCCGGGACAUUCAGACUGGCGAAGAGCUUGGGUUUGACUAUGGCGACCGCUUCUGGGAUAUCAAGAGCAAGUACUUCACAUGCCAGUGUGGCUCGGAGAAGUGCAAACAUUCGGCCGAGGCCAUUGCUCUGGAGCAGAGCCGCCUUGCUCGCCUUGAGGCCCACCAGGACGCCUUGCCUGAUAGCAGCAGCCUUCCUGUCACUCAAGCCUAGCCGAAGCCAAGACCCAGCUGCCAAUCCUGGACUUUGGGACUCUUUCCUCCAAAUUCCCCACCUCAGCCCCACAUUCGUCCCCAACUCUGGGCAGGUCCUCUAAGGCCAGAUGUGCCAGAUGCAAGGCUUCCGUUCUCCAUGCGUUUCUCUCCUCAAAUAGAGGUGUGAUGAUGAGACUUUACAGAUGAUGCUGAACUGCAUCUCCCAGCAUUCUUCCCCAUUGGCGAUUCUGACUUGGGAGACUGCUGGAGCUUGCAAUCCCACAGCAAUUGGAAGGCCUCAUGAAACCGACACCUGGCCUUGGAGGAAGCAUCCAGUUGGUGGAAAGAGAAGAGAGAAAGAUGCCCCAAUUUUAGAAGUGAAAGAAAGAGAGAAAAUAGAGGAAAGGCCAUCUUCUCUGAAGGGAAGGAAACCCUUUGCAUCAAAGAGACGUCUGAGCGAAAUUGCCUGCUGGAAAAUGUGUGUAUGUGAGUGUGUGUGUGUGUAUGUAUGUAUGUAUGUAUGCAGCCUUUCCAUUAUUUUGGAACCAAGUCAAAUGUUCAGUUUUUGGUAAGAAAAUAUUUUUUCGAAUUGGAGAGCCAGGAGCCUCUCUCACUCUCUGUUGCCUCUUUCUACUUUGGUCACAACUUCUGCAGAAAACUGUUGUAACCCUGCCUCCUAUCAAAAUAUCUGAUGUGUGUCCAGUAUUUCCAAGGUGGUCAACAGUAGUCUCCACGAUAGCUCUAAGUGUCACUAGUUGUAUGAAUCAGCUUCAAAACAAAACAAUGCCCCCAGGUGUCCAGAUCUGUAGAUUUCUGGUGACAUAAUUACCUCACAAAGAAAGUUGGAAGGCUUUAAUUUAAAAGCAUGCAUUAGGGAAUGCAACAAAGUUCCAACUGACAGUUUAGUUUCCUCACCCUGGCCCCUCCCCUGCAUUCCUUCCCAUUUCUACCCUCUUCCAGAUUUCAAAUAUACACAGGACAGGUCUAAGGCAUGGCCUAAUUUCCUGGCUUCUCACAAAACCAGGAAAUAAGGUCAUGACACUGGGUCACUAACUAGAAUGGGAGUGGACAACAUGGAAGUGUCCUAUUUCUACAUCCCCUGAAUCCUGCUCCUGUAAACGCCCUUUUGCUUUGCCUAAGCAAGGCAUGUAUUCCCUGAGUUUUACCAAUCUGCAGCUGAGGAAUUUGCACACUCCUUGCCAUACAGGUUUAGGAAAAACCCACUGUUCUCGCUCUGUGAUAAUAGUUACUAAAAAUAAGAUAGCUCUCCUGCUUUUGCCAUAUAUAAGAUGGCUUGGCAGGUCAUUGCUGUGUGCAGACUCAGUGUAGGAACAGGAGGGGCAACGGUUAUGUUCCCAGGGUGGUUGGAACAAUGUGAGUAUUUAUGUUCUCCCUUUUAACUUAUCUGAUUGGGCAGAAAACAACUUGUGCGCAUAGGGCUUUUCUCCACCUCUUGUCCAAGUUAAUGUUUUUUUUUCUCCUCUCUUUUCGAUAAUGAUUUAUUUUUGUGUUGGUGCCUCGCAUUUCAAAGGCUGCAGUUGUCAGAGUUUCUUCUUCCUUUUCAAUGUCUGGAGCAGCAGCAGAAGUCUGGUUCACCUUUAGAGACGAUACUUUUCUCUCUCUUUCUCUCCGUCCCUUCCUUCUCUUUCCUAUCUCUUUUUCUAUGGAUUUUCACAUUUGGAGGAUUUUUUUUAAAACUGUAAUUUUUUUUCCUGGGGCCACAAAAACCAAUAAAUGUUGGCAUCUGAUGAUUUUGAUACAAACAAAAA